GUCGGAGCGUGGUGGGUGGAGGACAGAUUGUGUUUAUUUUCGUGGCCAGUUGGGCUUUCAGCGGAUUGUUGUUACCUGACAAUACUGGUAACAUUUUUAAUGACACGUUGUAGGCUGAUCAGGUGAAGGUGUGCGGAGAAGACCGGUUAGUGACUGUCUUACUUCGUGAGAUGUUGAAUUUUGGGGACAACAGAAAGGAAGGUUCGCUAGCGUGAAGUUGGUCUGUUGGCGUAUGUGUGCUAGCAAGCUAGCAACAAUAACCUGAACGUAAGAUAGCCUGUCAGCUUUUAGGUGGAUAAACCUACUUUAAUCUCAUCUUCUGUGAGGGGAGUUACGCUGCUGCACGGUGACUUACUGAGACUAAACGUGGGCUACUUUGGAUAAAGGAAUAAUUUCUCAUUGUCACUACAACAACGAAAAAAAGCAUAAAGGACACAGCUGGAAAGCCCACCCAGUACUGAAAACAGCGAAGCAAGAUGUCAAUCACAAACACUCCUACAAGCAACGAUGCUUGCCUGAGCAUCGUGCACAGCCUCAUGUGCCACCGGCAGGGAGGGGAGAGUGAAAGCUUUGCAAAGCGGGCCAUUGAGAGUCUUGUCAAGAAGCUGAAAGAGAAAAAAGAUGAGCUGGAUUCUCUUAUUACGGCCAUCACCACAAACGGGGCUCAUCCUAGCAAGUGUGUAACCAUACAGCGAACUUUGGAUGGACGCCUACAGGUUGCAGGGCGUAAAGGUUUCCCUCAUGUCGUCUAUGCCAGACUGUGGCGAUGGCCGGAUCUACACAAGAAUGAGCUAAAACAUGUAAAAUACUGCCAGUAUGCCUUUGACCUGAAAUGCGACAGUGUUUGUGUCAACCCAUACCACUACGAGAGGGUUGUUUCUCCAGGAAUUGACUUAUCAACAUUGACCCUUUCAAAUUCAGGUCCACUUAUAGUAAAAGACGAGUUUGAUUUUGAAAGCCAGCAGUCGCACCCCAGCUCUGAAAGCCACCUGCAGACAAUCCAGCACCCUCCGUCGAGGCCAGUUCCACAGGAUACGUUCAGCAGCCCCCCUCUACUACCCCCAUCGGAGGGCAGCACCUCAGCUUCCUCUUCUGCUUUCUCUACCAUUAGUGCUGGACCUUCAAAUCCCACCCCGAACUGGAGCAGAAACAGCAGCUUCCCCCCAGCGGUGCCACAACACCAGAAUGGGCAUCUACAGCAUCAUCCACCUAUGCCUCACACAGGCCAUUACUGGCCGGUCACCAAUGACAUUGCAUUCCAGCCCCCUAUAUCAAAUCACCCAGCUCCAGAAUACUGGUGCUCCAUCGCAUACUUUGAGAUGGACGUCCAGGUUGGGGAGACAUUUAAGGUGCCGUCCACAUGUCCAAUAGUCACUGUGGAUGGUUAUGUGGAUCCAUCAGGAGGAGACCGCUUCUGCCUGGGCCAGCUGAGUAAUGUCCACAGGACAGAGAAUAUUGAGAGAGCAAGGCUUCACAUUGGCAAAGGUGUGCAGCUGGAGUGCAAAGGUGAAGGUGAUGUGUGGGUACGCUGUUUGAGCGAUCAUGCAGUGUUUGUCCAGAGCUACUACCUGGACCGAGAAGCCGGACGUGCCCCGGGCGACGCUGUUCAUAAGAUCUACCCCAGUGCUUACAUCAAGGUGUUCGACUUGCGCCAAUGCCACAGGCAGAUGCAGCAGCAGGCGGCGACGGCUCAGGCAGCUGCUGCAGCCCAGGCAGCAGCCGUGGCUGGGAACAUCCCGGGGCCCGGCUCUGUGGGAGGCAUCGCCCCUGCCAUCAGUUUGUCUGCCGCUGCGGGAAUCGGAGUCGACGACCUACGCAGGCUGUGCAUUCUGCGCAUGAGCUUUGUGAAAGGCUGGGGGCCCGACUACCCACGGCAAAGCAUCAAAGAGACCCCCUGCUGGAUCGAAAUCCAUCUACACCGAGCUCUGCAGCUUCUAGACGAAGUUCUGCACACCAUGCCCAUAGCUGACCCUCAGCCUCUUGACUGAAGUAAUAUUUGACGAACUGUACAAAAAGAAAAAUAUAAAAAAAAAAAAAAAAAUUUGAAAAUGUAAAGGAAAAAAAAAACAAAUUAAAAAUACUUUCAACAGACCACUCCAUCUGUAGGCCUGCAGUGCUAAAGGAGGACUGCAAUCAUAUGAAUACUGUAUAGCUUGCAGUAGAAGAAAGGACCUAAAGACCAGCGGUAAACUGGAAAUUGAGCAGUUAGGAGUGUACUCACUACAUUUCAGGACACUGCCGAUUGAUCACGUCACAGUAUUUUGAAAACAUGCUAGCAGCAACAUGCAAAUUAAAAUGUUACGCCAAUGUUAACUUAUAUGAACUGUGUAACAAGAAGUGAGAAGUUCUUUUUAAAUUCAUAAAAUGUCUAAUCUAUUUACUGUCAUUUUUUUGUCCUAAAUCUAUUAUUAGUUUGGAGUACACCCUGGUGUGUUGGGCUUUUUUGUUACGGCUUAUAUUUUUUUUAAAUAGUUUCAACAACACACAGAAAGCCCAUUCCUAGACCUCAGCAUCAUUAUUGUAUUUUUAAAUCACCAUUCAAAGCUGUUACCACAUAAAAUGUUUUGAACCAUGUUGUGAUCUUUUAUUUUUAUUUAAAACAUUUACACACCAAAAGAAGAAUCGUGUUUUUGUUUGUUUAGGUCCAGUAGCACUUUCAUUUUUAAGUUUUGUGUUAACUGUAUCUUUAUAUUCUUAUAGCUGAUAUUUGUUCGUGGUGCGAUCUGUGGAGGAGAGGAAUUUGAUUUUGGCUUAAAAAUAUGAAGUCUUUCAUAAUGAAGGUGGUUUGGGUGGUAAAUCACAUCAAAGUGGCUGGAAGUACUGAAAAAUGUGGGUGAUGCAUUAAUCUGUGAGGAAGUGUAAGCCAUAAUGAUGCCAGAUACACAUCAGGAGGUUUUGUGAGAUGACCAGACUGAGGUGGUUUCAGUAUUACUUUGCUCAUUAAGGUUUAGUUUUCUGAAUUGUUUUGCUCGGCCUGAUUGAUGAACUAUUCAGAUCUUUGUAAACCAACACCUGUGGCAGUAUUUUCUACACCUUUUUUGUUACCUUUACAGUUCUAAUUAAUUCUGGUCAUUAUAUACACACACAAAUCUAUAUAAAAAUAGUAAAGAACGCUGUGAAACUUUCAGAAAAUGCAACAUCAUGUUCAUCUUUACAGUGAUGUAAUGAAAACUGAAUACAUGACAUUGCUGGUUAUAUGUGCGAAUAAAAACUCCAAUGGGCUAA